AUGACAAGGCACAUCCAUGCCUUAAACUCACAAAUUCUAACCCUGAAAGGGUCAGUUUAUUUCUUGUUCUAUUAUCUAUUCUUCAUGUUCUAUUAUUCUAUUCUUUCAUGUUCUAUUAUUCUAUUCUUUCUUGUUCUAUUAUUCUAUUAUUCUAUUAUUCUAUUCUUUGUUCUAUUAUUUAUUCUAUUAUUCUAUUUUCUUGUUCUAUUAUUCUAUUCUAUUUCUAUUCUUUUCUAUUAUUCUAUUCUUUCAUGUAUUCUAUAUUAUUCUAUUCUAUUCUUGUUCUAUUAUUAUUCUUUCUAUUCUAUUUUCUUGUUCUAUUAUUCUAUUCUUUCAUGUUCUAUUAUUCUAUUCUUUCAUGUUCUAUUAUUCUAUUCUUUCGUGUUCUAUUAUUCUAUUCUUUCUUGUUCUAUUAUUCUAUUCUUUCAUGUUCUAUUAUUCUAUUCUUUCAUGUUCUAUUAUUCUAUUCUUUCUUGUUCUAUUAUUCUAUUCUUUCUUGUUCUAUUAUUCUAUUCUUUCUUGUUCUAUUAUUCUAUUCUUUCAUGUUCUAUUAUUCUAUUCUUUCGUGUUCUAUUAUUCUAUUCUUUCUUGUUCUAUUAUCUAUUCUUUCUUGUUCUAUUAUCUAUUCUUUCAUGUUCUAUUAUAUAUUCUUUCUUGUUCCAUUAUUCUAUUCUUGUUCUAUUAUUCUCUUUAUUCUAUAUAUUCUUUCUUGUUCCAUUAUUCUAUUCUUUCAUAUUCUAUUAUUCUAUUCUUUUAUCCAUUGUCACUGCCGAUGUACGGCAUUUUACGGGUCGAUACUUGAAUUAUUUUUUUCUCUUUUUGUAUAUAGCAACUUAA